CACCAGUAGUCCAGUACGCCAGGGAGCGAGGGGGAAGCAGAGGCGCAGCACAUACCGGGGGAGCGGGCACGGUGGAGCGGCAGCCGCGCGCAGAGGCAGCGGCGGAAGAACAACAACACGGUCGUUUCUCGCUUUAAAGAGAAGUCAAAUUCAGACAGCUUAGAAGUCAGUGAUACUGUUAAGCGUUAAAAAAAGGAAAGACUUCUUAGCCAAAUCUAGGAGUACAGGAACCGGCGUUGGGGAGGAGGGGGAGAGAGAUGUUGCUCCAGACCGACUCGGUGCGUCGCGCAGUCCCCCUCCAAGGCUGGUGAUGCCCGCCGAGCGGGGAUCCCCGCCCAGCCGCAGCUUCAGGAGGAGAAGGUCGAAACAACAGGGCGUUGAGGAGCCGAUGAUGAUGGUGGAAAGGUCGGGAUCAUGGCUAACGGAACCGGUACUAUCAUGUUAAAAUGCGUCGUGGUGGGAGACGGUGCAGUGGGCAAAACGUGUCUCCUGAUGAGCUAUGCCAAUGACGCCUUUCCCGAGGAGUAUGUGCCCACAGUCUUUGAUCAUUAUGCAGUGAGCGUCAACGUUGGGGGAAAGCAGUACUUGUUGGGACUGUAUGACACAGCUGGUCAGGAGGACUACGACCGUCUGAGGCCUUUGUCCUACCCGAUGACCGACGUCUUCCUCAUCUGCUUCUCUGUGGUCAAUCCGGCCAGUUUCCAGAAUGUGCGUGAGGAAUGGGUGCCCGAGCUGCAGGAGUAUGCACCCAGUGUCCCUUACCUGCUCAUCGGCACACAGAUUGAUCUUCGUGAUGACCCGAAGACAAUUGCCAAACUGAAUGACAUGAAGGAGAAGCCCAUCACCACUGAGCAAGGACAGAAACUGGCGAAGGAGAUUGGUGCUUGUUGCUAUGUUGAAUGUUCAGCGCUGACUCAGAAGGGCCUGAAGACGGUGUUUGAUGAGGCUAUCAUCGCCAUCUUGGCUCCAAAGAGAAAGAAGGGAUCUUUGAAGAGAAGACUGAGGCCCCGCUGCAUCAACUGCUGUCUGAUCACGUGAGCCAUUAAACCCGAGAUCACUGAUCAGCCAACCACAAACCAAUCCUGAACAGAAGGGAAAAGACAGGCAAAAGAAAAAUGUGGCAGUUGAGACAUAUAAGCGGACCGCAAGGGACAAAACAGGAUCUCAUUUGAAGCUUCAGGGAUCUUUGGAGGCCAAAACUCUCCUGCUGUUCAACUCUGAGGUUGAAGAUCCAGUUUUCUACCAAAGGAGCACAAAACCCAGUUUAUGCUCUUCUUCUAAAAGACUUUUGCCUCAAAAGUACCUUCUUUUAUAACCAUUUUUUAAUCUUUUUUUUCUGUACUAUGUUGCUGUAUGCUGUCAUAUAAAAAAAGGUGAUACGUAAAAUAAGAAACCCAAAAUUACAUUUCAGGUUUAAGAGAAAUUCUACAUUUUAAGGAAUUAAUUUUAUUUCUAUGGUUGCUGAAUGAUAGCUUCCUGAUUUGUUCAUUUAUACUAUCAAACCUCCAAAAUGUAGAGAGAAUAUAACACUGAGUCUGUCAAGAGUGACACUGUGCCCCUCCAUAUACUUGGCGUUUUGGACCUAAGGGUCUAGUUUUACUUUCGCAUUUUUUUUAUAUAUAUAUAUAUUAUUUUUUAUAUAUAUUAAUAUUAUUAUUUAAAACAUUUAAGCUCACAAAAUCUUCAGUUAUGUGUACCAUCUGAGAGGAUGUGCAGAAUGAACCACACUUUAUAUGGGGUAACAGUGAAAUAUGCUGUUCAAAUGACAGAUUGUGGAUCUAGAAAAUUAUUUUCAUGUUUGAAUCCUUUUUUUCCCCCUUUAUUUGCCUUAUAAAAAGCUUAAUGUUUUAUAGUGUGGCAUGCCAGAAUAUUCUGUAAGUUAAAAUAGAGCCGAGGGCUUCAUGAGAAACUAAAGAGGUUUGUUAUCCAUUUUUAAAAUCUGUAUUAUCCAGAGUCUAUGUUUCUGUAUCUCUAAACUAGAGAUCAUACAGUCAGUGCAAAUAUUUAUCAGCUUAUAAGUUACCUUCUUUUGUUUUCAUUUUUGUUAUCCUGCAAUAACAUCUUAUAAUUUUAUCACCUUUAAUAAGGUUUUGAAUAGAGAAGAGGGAUCUCAUUUUAGAAAUGAAACUCUGACUCAUAUUCUGAUUUAUAUCAAUGUCCAAAGAAGCAAAUGCACAUGUUCAUCAAAGUCAGGGGCUUAAAAUGACCCAAUGCUGUAUAUGUGAUUCACAACAUAAAGCACAGUCAGUGCCACUUUAUUUUUUCAGCUUUUUCAGCUUAACAACGCACAUUCUCCUGCUGUCUCCCUGUCCUAAAUAUGACUGAUUGAAGCACAGAUGAUGCACACUUCUAUUAGGCACAAGCACAGCACACCAUCUCAGCACACACAGUUCAUCAUGUCACCAAAAUCCUUUUUAAAGGCUUCCUUUGCCUCCCAAAUGUCAGCAUUUUAGGGAUAAUGGAAAAGAAACCCAAACAGCUGCUUUUAAUUUACUAUUUCAAUAUUUAAUUGGUCAAUAGACACAUCACAGGAUUAGACUUCACUACACACACUAGUUUAUGAGGACAGAUUAGUUCCCACUAGUUAUUUACACCCAUUUAGUGGCCUUUAGUUAGCAUGAUUCAGUUAGCAUUAGCUAACUGACUGACAUUGCUACUGUUAGCAUCUAAGUUCUUCAUACACUUAAAAUGCUGUUUAAUAAUUUAUUAAAUUAAAAUAUUCUAAAUGAAUUUUUCCAAAGACAAACAGAACAAUGCAGCAUAUAAAGUUUUAUAUAUUCUAAACAAUGUUAAAUUUAAAAACAUAAUGAAGUUAAGGUUAGCAUGAGCACUGACUGACACUUAACUUAAAUGUAGCUCUUUAUCCCCCAUAAGCUUCACUUUUUGGCUGUUGUGUUACAGCUGGUUUAAAAGCUGCAUUCUAGAUAUCACUGCUAAUAUAUUAGCAAAAUAUAAAAACCCAAAAUUUUACAUAUUUUUAUAGCCAAAACUCAACUUUAUGAAUCACUACUUCUAACCCUAAUUCCAAAAAUGUUGAACUGUUGCUGCGUAAAAUGUAAAUAACAGAAUGCGAUGAUUUGCUAAUCUCAACACACAUUUUAUUCCCAAUAGUUUAGAAACAACAUAUGUUGAAACUGAGACAUUUUACAAUUUCAUGAAAAAUGUUAGCUCCUUUUUAAUUUGAUCACAUUUUUUUUACUGUCUGUAAACAUCUGGGAAGUGAGGAGACCAGUUGCUGGAGUUUUAGGAGAGGAAUGUCGUCCCAUUCUGGUCUGAUUUGCAACAGUUUUGGGCAUGUGUUGUAUUGAUGAAAUGUCUGGAUGCAGAGACUUCUGAGAGGCUCGCAUCUCUGAAAUGCUUUUUUCCAACCCAGUCAUGUCACAGACUUGUUGCCAAUUAACCUAAUUAGUUGUCAAAUGUUACUCCAUUUGUUUUUGAUUUGUACCUUUCCAGCCUUUUGUUGCCCCUGUUCCAACUUUUUUUUUAGAUGUGCUGCUGCCAUCAAAUUCAAAAUUAGCUAAUAUUUUAUAUGAAAUGGUUAAAUCUCCUAGUUUCAUAAUCUAAUUAUUUGUGUUCUAGUGGGAAUAAAACAAGGGUUUAUGAGAUCUGGAAAUCAUUGCAGACUGCUUUUAUUUACAUUUUACACAGAGUCCCAACUGUUUUUGAAUUGGGGUUGUGGAAUUUAAGUAUAAACUUUUAUCUUCAUUCAGGUUGAUCUAUAAGAAAUUGCCUGUAUAAUACAGUCACAUUUGACAACAAUUUAAACAGUGAAAUAAUAUUAAACUUUUUUUUCCAGAAUGUAGACAGUAGCUUAAAUAUCUACGAGCCCCUCAAAAUGUAUGAAAAGGUUUUUAAGCUUACAUGUCUGUAGUCAGUGCAGUAGGUGACUGCCCAAGGUUGUGGUUUAACUUUUAUUGCAAGCUGACCAUAAGAAAUAUCAGUUCCUAUCUAUUUUAUGCAUUUUUAUUUGCCUUUUAUAACAUUUUUCAAAGAUAAUCAAAGGUGCCAACUCUUACUAUUGAUUUGUUAGAUAUGAUUAAUUAAAGCUUUAAUGUAAAAGGUGCUCCUGCUCUCUGUCCCAGCCUGUGUUGUAUAACUGUCCUGUGAGCAGCAGAGACGGCUGCAGUGUGAACGUCUCAGUUUUGCUUGCCGAUGUCAUGUGAAGGUCCACCCUCAGGAUCCAGGACCUAAGUGCCACAGCCACUGAUGCAUUCUCCCACUGAUGCUCCUCUCUUCUCAAUAAAUGUAUUUACUGUGUUAAGAAGCUGGCUUGGGGAGUUUGACUUGGCAAACGUCCGAUAUGAUGCAGAGCACAUUUGCGAAAAUAACUUGUGCUCUGUUUAUUCCUGAAAGCUCAGGCCUUCAUUCUCAUAAUGGCUCAAACAUGGUUACCAAGUCAGCAAAAAUAGACUGCAAAGCAUAUGAAUGAAAACCAUCAUCUUAAAUAUUCUGAUAUAUGCUUUGUUUUUCUUUAUUUUCUCAUAAAUGGUACUGCAUCCAUUUAUUCUUUCUGAACUGUGAGUCUUUGUAUUAUGAGUUGCAUUGAUAUCUGGAGCAUGAGCGCCCCUUGCUGGGUGCAGUGUAUGUAGAUUACUUAAACUCUGUGAACUGUGAAAACCUCUUGCAUGCAUGAUUUAAUUCCUACUCUGCUUUAUAACUAUCAAGUCUGCCUUAACCAUAGGAUGCUUCUGCUCUCAUGUUGAGGUUAGUUCAAUCUAGAUAAAACUAGGGCUGCAACUAAUGAUUAUUCUGAUGGUCAAUUAGUCGCCGACUAUUAAACGACUAGUCGACCAAUCGGAUUAUGUAUCUCAUGAUUAUUAUAAAUGGAUUCAUGG